AUGAUGUACCCGGACCAACCUACGCCGCCUUUCAAAUCGCCCUACCAACUCCGUGCUCCAGAGACAGGCGCCCUAAUGGAAUCGCCCUAUCCUUCGCCAGGGCGAGGAGAGUCGCGGUCCAAGUACCCGCAAGGCCUUGGUCUAUACGAAGUACAAUCUCCAUUCCCAAAUGGUCUGCCUCCAUCACCUCAGCCGUCACCGAACUGGAAUGGUCAAUUUGCAAACGUUUCUUCGCCGGGAGAUUUUGCCAACCCAUAUCUCUCGGGGGCCUACGACUAUCCAGUAUCCCGCUCACCUGUGCCUUGGUCAUCUGCACAAGUAUCCCCACGUUCGUCUCUAUCAUAUACACGCGAAAUGUCGACAUUUUCCCAUGAUGGCUCAGAGCACGCGUACCCUAGCGUAGUUAAGGUCGACACUCCGAGUUGGAGCCCACAAAAUCAUUACAGUACAGACGGUCCAGGACACAUGCAUGGGCUUCCAAACCCGAGGCAUUCUUCCCUCACAGUAGCGCCCGAACGGCUCAACACAGGCAUGUAUCCGUACGAUAAUGCAUACCCAUCACCAUCCCUGCUCCGAAGCGAACCGAAUCCCAUGUACAAUUACAACGAUGUGGUAUACGAGAGAGCACCGUCAGAGGGAAGCAUGCACAGCCCACAGUCUCGAAAGGCUUGCCCGAGCCUCGCCGUCACAGCCGUACAACGCAGACAAACUCGCAACCGGAGACACACUGAUCCAGCUCACGCUGCAUACUUGUGCAAGCUUUGUCCUGACAAGGGCUUUGCCAGGAAACACAACCUGACGCAGCAUUUGCUCAUACACGAGGCAGUACGCAGGAAAGAUCAUGUGUGCCCUUACGAAGCGUGUGGAAAGGAGUUUGUACGCAGGGCGGACUUGGUACGUCAUGACGAGUGUGUGCACAAGAAGAGGAGGCCAUGGCAGUGUGAGAAGUGCUCUGCUGUGUUUGGUCGCAAGGACACGUUGACAAGGCAUAGGAGUGAUGGAUGUUCUCGUCGUACGGAGGUGAUAAGUUCGGGAGUCGUCAAUUCACAUAUGUGA